CAUACAAAGUCACAGAGUAUUUAAAUCUCACUGCCAUCGACAGACUUUAUCUGCUCAUCCCAACUGAGAUUCCUGAACAGAAGUCUGACUACCUGCAGAAGAAGAUGGCAAAGCUGGCUUUAUACUUCUCCGCGCUGCUUGUGCUGCUGAUGACAGCGAAUAGUAGCUUUGCUUUGAUGCCUUGCUGCACAGAAUACCAUGAAUCUCCAAUCGGGUUUAAACAUCUAAAGAACUACACAAUCCAAGAAGUCACAGGUUACUGCAACAUUAAGGCAGUGAUUUUCCAGUUACUGAAAGGAAAAUUUGCCUGUACUAAUGCCGACAAACCUUGGGUGAAAAAAGCUGUAGUGUAUUUGCAGAAAAAACUUUGAGUGGUGUCUUCAUUCACUGAGAUCAUCAGGACGUCAACAGAUACAAGACAAAAAUACUGUAUCAUUUCAAAGGGAAUCAAUACAUUGUUUUCUUAUUUUGUAUGUUUCAGUUCAGUUAAUAAAGAUGUAUUUUU